CGUGCGUGCGUGCGUGUGUUUGUGUGUGUGAAGGCACCAAAGACAUCGACAAUGAAACUCUUGUUGUGUGUGUCGAUCCAAUGAUGCAACGAAGUGGAUAUUGCGUGAAGUGUGUCGUGAAAGUUCAUACUUUAGUGUCGAGUGAAGUGUCACAUGAUCAAUCUUCAGUUGCAUUUGAAUUAAAAAUAAAAUAAUUUUGGAACACCAGUUUUGUAUGAAUAAUAUUACUUAUAUUUGUACCUGCACCACCGAAGUAUUAAGCUGGUUAACUCUGAAUUUAUUACUGUGGACCUGAAGUUCUGCACAAAAUAGACAUAAUGUAUGGUAUGCUGCUAGAAAGCGUUCAACAUUUUGUACAGCUGGAAUACGGGGAAGAGAUAUGGCAGCAAGUGAUGGAGCAGGCAGGUUGUAAAUUUGCCGUAUUCAACACUCACCACAUCUAUCCCGACCACCUGAUAACGAGCCUGGCAGUAGCCUGCGCUGAAGUCACCGGGGAGGGCGCAACUAAAGACCACUUCAUGCAGUUCUUCGGUCGCUGUUUCGUGCGCUUCUUCAGUAACUUCGGUUAUGAUUUCAUGAUCAAAGCAACUGGACGAUACUUUUCGGACUUCCUACAGAAUGUGGACAAUAUCCACAUGCAGAUGCGUUUCACGUAUCCCAAGAUGAAGAGUCCAUCCAUGUACAUCACACACGUAGACCCACAGGGCGUCGUAUUGGUGUACAGGAGCACUAGAAAAGGCUUUGUCCACUACUUUAUGGGUCAACUGUACCAGAUAGCUGAAGAAUUAUACAACACGCAACUGUCCAUCAACGUGCUAGAGGAAACGACAUCCGUUACGGGCACAAGGAAAGUCCUGGUCAGAUUCCGACUCAAUUUCGAUAAUCAGGAGUUUGUUCUGUCGCGGGCUGACAAACGGACACACCUGGAGAGACUCACCCUGCCUGCCGUCCCCUGUUCAUUACUCAUGCGUCUCUUUCCGUUCGGCCUUGUCUUCAAUGAGGACAUGUGCAUCCUGGCAGCCGGGGAAAAGCUCGUUCAAGUGUGCGGCACAAGUCCAGAUGAUCUCCUAGGAAAAUCCGUCAUAGACAACUUCAAGCUACGGCGUCCUAGAGGAAUUCCCUUCACUUGGAAAAAUACCCUGUACCUGCAUUCCGUGCUAUUCGAGCUUGAACUGAUCCGGACACCGAGGGCGGAAGAUGACAAGGGCACAGCUGAUGUGGACGUUAAGAACAAGCCAGCACUGCCUCUUUUCCUGGACCGACGGCGAGGCAGCCAGGGUACACGCAGUAUCCUGCUUAAGGGACAAAUGAAAUAUAUCGACGACAUCAAAGCGAUCAUCUUCCUUUGCAGCCCACUAAUAAACAAUAUGGAUGAGCUUCCGAACAUGGGAUUGUACUUAAACGACCUCAACCUUCACGGCCUGAGUCGUGAAAUGGUUUUAGCUGGAUGGCAGCAUUGUUCCAGAUUGGAGCUGAUGUUCGAGAGAGCCGAGCAGCGGUCUACGGAACUGGAGAGAAGUUACACUCUACUGGACUGCUGGAAGCGAAGGGGUGACGAACUGCUCUACUCAAUGAUUCCUCAGUCGGUGGCAGACAGGCUUCGCACCGAAAAGAAUUCCCUCAGUACGUGCCAGUCGUUUGACGCAGUUUCCAUCCUCUUCUGCGAACUGGUGGACUUCAGUUCUUCAACAGUCCAAGACGCCAUGGACGUUGUUAUGAGUAUGAACGCAGUUUUUACCUGUUUCGACGCCCUUAUGGAUCGUUACAACGUAUACAAGGUGGAAACUGUGGGCCAGGUGUACAUGGCAGUGAGCGGGGCGCCAGAAUACACCCCCCAGCACGCGGAGAACGUAGCCGAUGUCGCACUGUGUCUGCUGCGGCAUGUAAAACAACUCAAAUUCCCCUCAGGAAUCACUAUGCAGAUUAGAAUCGGAAUCCAUUCGGGCCCUGUGGUUGCUGGAGUCGUGGGCCUCAAGGUUCCGCGGUAUUGCCUUUUUGGAGACACAGUCAACACCGCAGCCAGAAUGCAAACCACAAGCCUGCCUGGUAAGAUUAAUAUAUCAACAACCACACGGCAGCUGCUUCCUGAUCGAUAUAUCAUAGAACCCAGGGGUCUCGUUACAGUGAAGGGAAAAGGGGAGAUGGAAAUAUUUUGGCUGCGGGACGAUGCGACCGCGGACGAAUCGAAGCCGAGCGCUGAGAAGGGUGAGGGCUCCAAGUCCACUGCGAGUAACGGGAUACGUUAAAAGCUAAUGGACUCGGAACUCUAUGCAAAUGAGAAAAAUUUCUUCGAGAAUACUAACACAGACCUUCACACAAGAGAAGAGUUUCUUAAUUAUUUAAAAUAAUACUGAAUCUGUUAAGAUGUGUGACAUUAGUACUUCGGGUGUUAUCCAUUUCUGAGCUAUAUUUAACAUAAACCUACAUAAGUUUCCAGUAGUUGGCUCUACACAUAAUUUAACAGUCACUCCGUUUCAGUCAUGGUGUACAUAAAAAGAUAAACUUCUAGCUGUGUCUCAUUAAACGCCACACCACAAAGGCGUAUUAGCGCCAAGCAUUUUUAACCCUGUAAGGAGAUGGGUGGUAAGCUUCUAGUUCAGUGAGUGUACUCUGGCGUAAAGAGCUCCUGGUAUCCAUCGGACAGAAAAUGUUUGGGCCCCAGAGACCAUCUGAACGUAGCAGAAAAAAAAAUACCGGUGACUGCUCAGCACGGUACUCCUUACGGAGUUACAAUGGGUUCAAGAUUAAAAUGCUGAUAAUGUCGACAGUGGUGAGUUGUUUUAUUGAAUAUCUUUGUACUGAUAACAUAAUGUACAGCAAGUCAACAAUGAACAAUAAAUAAUCUGUGACCCUUGA